AUGUCCAGACGACUCGUGUCGUAUAGCGAUCUGAGCGAGGACGCUCUGCCCGCACCGGCCCCGCUCUCGUUGCCAGAGCGCGAAGCCGGAGCUUCACCGUACGCGAAUGCAAGCCAUGCAAAUGCGAGUGCAGCCAAGAAACGCAAAACUGCUUCUCCCGGUGCGCAGCCGAGCGUUGGAAAACAAAGAAGCAAGCUUGCGCGUUUGACCAUGGUUCAUUGGGACGAUCCGUCCUAUGACCCAUCUGCAAGCUGGGGGCCACAGCAAGAGAACGCUGGGUACCGAGCGAUGCGAGCAGACGAGCUGGAAACGCAAGCGAGUCCCACCGCAUCUCUAGGUGAACAGCAGAAGGAAAGAAACAAGCCCACUCAGGAUGAACGUGAUUCGGCUUCACAGCUAGGUCGGAAACAGGUUGCAGACGAGUCGUAUUCCGAUUGGAAGUACGACGAGUGGGGGCAGCCGUAUACCGGUGACUCCAAAACACAAAAUACUGACUUAGCGUAUCAAGACGACUACGAGUACGAUUCGGCACAGGAAGGGUGCGAAGGAAGCGAAGCUACGAGCUUGUAUGAGUACGAAGAUCAAGACGAAGAGGACGAAGACGGAAUGUUGCCCUUCGCCAUCCCUGACGUGGCCGAGUAUCGUCGCCUGCACAACGCGACAAGCGCGGACUCGCACACCACAAGACCAGUCUCGCAUCGACCACCUGCUGCUGUUGGUGGAGGCGGGCGCAUUCUAACGCAUACCGAGAUUUUCGGCGCCACCAGCAUCAUCUCGACCUUCAACGCCGCCUUGUCACAGUACUGCUCGAUGCACCAGGUGUCACCGCCGAGAUUCACCGGCGGAGACCGAGCGGGUGAUGCGGCGGCAAAGGGCGCGCUGUGGCACGAUGCGCCCGCGUACGACUCGCUGCUUGCGCAACAGGUCAAGCUGGACGCACAGCAGAUCAUGGCUCAACGACAACAGGCUGACAGUGCGAACGCGAACAACAUCGGUCGAUCUUCCACUUCGGAUCGACCGCUUACCAGCAAGCACACCAGCAAGCACAGCGAGAUCGAGACUGUUGCCUUAGUGACGGUGGAGGGAGCACAUGUCAGUGGAGCAAAGUCGAACAAGAAGACGACACCAGCAGCAGCACUCCAGCCACGCGGUAAACCCAUCGUGACGCACGUACCGCAUGCACAUGUGCCAGGCAACAUGGCGUGGAAAAAAGCGAUCAAGACCGUGCAAACUACGCCGAAUCGAAUCGGAUACGUGCUGCCGAUGCGUGUUCAGAACGAGGCGGCUGUAGGCGGAGCAAGUGGGCUGGCAGGCGAGACAGAUGCUGGUACAGGUGUUGUCGAUAGCGGCAGCUUGCAGUUCGGACAGUAUGUGAACGAGGUUCAGGAACGCGGAGAGGCGGCAAGGAUAACGUUGGAAUCGGACUCGGUGGAACGAGCGAGCGAUAGGGAGCUGCAGUGUUGGUACGCGGGGUAUUACGCUGGGUUGGCAGCAUCGGGGGCUACUCGGACAAGUUCUGGCACGAAUGACGUCCAGCCCGCGCUCAUCGAAUCCACCGCCAGAUCGAACACUGCUACAGCAAUGCCAGCCUCAACAGCGCCAUCAUCGACCACGGUGUCGGUUGUAUCAGGAGUACCAGUACCAGCAACAGCAGCAAAAGCACAAGCACAAGCACAAGCACAAGCACAAGCACAAUCAAGAGUUGCAGUUGCAGAAGCACCAUCGCGACCCCUGUCAUCUCUGUCGCAACCGCAGCAACACCGCAGGGCACCAGCCUCGGACGCCAGGUUCACUAGCCGACCAUAG